AUGGCUACCCACUUCGCCGCUGUUUCUCCUGCCAAAGGUCAACCCUUCAAGAUCCAAACACGCCCCACCCCAAAACCAGGCCCCGGCGAGCUCCUCAUCGCCGUCAAGUCUAUCGCCCUUAACCCGGCAGAUGGAUACAUGCGUAACCAAGGCCUCUUCAUACACACCUACCCCGCGGUCAUCGGCUUCGACAUCUCGGGGUUAGUACUCGAGGUAGGCGACAACACCCCUAACGGUACUACGGAUGAUGAUUCGGGCCUCUCCUUCCAACCAGGCAUCACCCGCGUAGCCGCCUACGCGGCCUUCUUCUGGAAAUCCUGCGACCCGGAUUACGGCGCCUUCCAGGAGCGGUGUAUCGUCCCCUGGCAGCACGCCGUGCCCAUUCAGGACAAUAACAUGUCCUGGAACCACGCGGCAACCUUACCGGUGGCCGUCGAGGUACCCCUCAGCGCGUGGGAUAACUUGGGGAUUCCUCGGUUAGGAGGAGCGCAAAAAAUAAAUAAAAGACCAGAAGAAGCACUCCUAAUCUGGGGCGCCUCUUCCAGCGUCGGUAGUAUGGGCGUGCAGAGCGCUCGGCUGCUGCGAGAGGAUCGAAACUCUUCUUUCGCCGCCGUGUACGCCACAGCCGGGUUAGCCAAUAAAAAGUAUGUGGACUCGCUCGGCGCGGACCGCGUCUUCGACUACAAAAAUCCCCAAGUGGUGGAUGCGAUAGUUUCAGCGGCCAGAGAGGACGGGCUGGUGAUUCGGCACUGCUUUCUUGCCGCGGGGCAGCUGGCGCCGUGUCAGGCUGUGCUGGGGGCCUUCCUUGGGGAUGAUAAAAGGGGGAAGAAGAAGGCGAAAAUUGCAUCAGCGCCGAUAAUACCCCCGGAUGCAGAUGUGGUGGACGGGGUCCAGACCAUCUUUGUGCAGCCGUCAACAGAGGAAGGGGAGAGGUUAGAGCAGUUCCGGUAUUGGAUGGGGACGUGGCUGAGGGAGAAUCUGGCUAAGGGGGUUAUCAGGCCGAGUCCGGAGCCGAGGGUUGUUGGGAAGGGGUUGGACGCUAUUAAUGCUGGGUUAGAUAUGCUGCUCCGGGGGGUGAGUUGUACGAAGUUGGUGGUUGAGGUUGAGGAGUGA